CGAGGUAAACCACAGUUCACUAUCUUCAGUUUUCAGACCCGGCGGACUGAUUAAAUUUGAUUUUCUAGUUUCGGCGAGAUUUUCGGUCUAAUAAACUGAAGAAAAGUGGGAGAACAUGGCAAAUAUGAGUGGAGACCAAGCACAAGAGAUGGAGAGGAUGGUGGACAAGCUUGAAGCAAUGUUUCAGAAGGCCGAGUCUGAUGUAGAAUACAUGUCCAGGAAGGUUGAGAGUGAGUUUCAAGAAGGAGCCCAAGAAAAGGAUCAGACCUCACCCCUUGAGCUUAGCCAGCGACUGCAGCAAGUCAAACAUGAUUAUAAGAGCAUCAUGGAGGAAGCUCAAGGUAUCAAGAAAGCACAGGAAGAGAUGGUCUCUGGUAUCAAACAACAGCUUAUGUCAGCUUCACAUGCAUUACAGAGGCUUCAUCAAACAUCAGGCACAGAGCUCCCAGAUAUAUCCGAGCAAGAAGCUCUUGUUCAGUCCAUCCUUGGUAUACCGGUAUCAUCCUCCGCACCUGCCCCUGUAGCUCAUUGCUCAACCUCAUCUCAACCAGGAUCAGAACAGACUCGUGUACCACCUUUGCAGCUUGAUGAGGAGUUACACACUGCGGAGGGAGAAGAAAAUCUUUCACCCAUUGAUACAACAUUUGACAUCGGUCAUUCACCAGCAGAGCUUCGAGCCCAGUCUAGUGACAUGGUCCCUAUCACCGAAGAGGAGUUCACAUCAGUCUCAGAUCUCGUUAGGGCAAGAGCAAAGCUUGAAGAUGUGAACAGGGUAUACAGUAGACUCCAUGAUCACUUCAAGACAGAAGGGAACACUGCUGCAUUGAGUGUACCUGACAUGAGUAAGAUGGGUAUGAAGAUAACAGGGGCUACAGGAGAAGCUAAACUCAAGACUCUGCGAUCACUGAAGAUCAUUAACAUAACGAGGACAGGAGCAGUGAAGUUGUUAUGAUGUGUAUGAAUGUGGAAAGAGCACAUGACGCUAUCCAGGGUCUGGUGAUUAGACUAUGCUUGCCAUGCCAGGUUACAGAAAUAAGCCCAAGAACAUUACAAAUAGCAGACUCUCUAAAGCUAUCUAGUCUUUAAAAUGGCCUAGACCAGACAUCAGUGGGUUUAUUUUAAAAAUCCUUUUGACCCCACGAUCUUACCAUUCCUCAUCAGUGACUUGAAACCCUUCAGGCAAUUCUUGUAUUCCCAAAGGAAAAUAAUUUUCAUUAUUCUGUUGUUAACAGUUUACUCUCCAUGUUUGCCCUGGAGAGGGUUGAGCAGGUUAUCCUAGAUCAUGUUCCAGGCCCAGGAAAAAUUGAAUGUCAAGAAAAUAUUUAGGCCACACCUCCCCCCUCCCGUAGACUACUUUAAAGCCUGAAACUUUCACAAGUGGCUGCCAUCAACAAUUCAAAAUAGUGUCAAGCCGCCAAAGUCUAUGAUGUUAAUA